CGUCCAAGAUGGCAGUUACGCGGCCUUCGUGACUUUUUACGGGACUGGGCGGCGUUGACGCCGGAGCUGGCAGGGGGUGGAGCGGUUAGUAAACAGCAAAUGCGGGAACUGGUGGGCCGGAAUCAGCCAUGGACUGGAAAGAAAUUCUUCGCCGGCGGGUAGCGACGCCCAGCACCAGUCCAAACAGUGAGUUUGGGAGGAGCCGCCCGCUGAGAGAUCCUGGCCCCAAACACCGGGAGCUGGGGGGACGAUGGAUGGGGAGGAGCAGCACCUUUGAAAAAAAAAGUGAACAAGAAUUAAAAGAUGAAGAAAUGGAUUUAUUUACCAAGUAUUACUCAGAAUGGAAAGGAGGUAGAAAAAACACAAAUGAAUUCUAUAAGACCAUUCCUCGGUUUUAUUACAGGCUGCCAGCUGAAGAUGAAGUCUUACUACAGAAAUUAAGAGAAGAAUCCAGAGCUGUCUUUCUGCAAAGGAAAAGCAGGGAACUAUUGGAUAAUGAAGAAUUACAGAACUUAUGGUUUUUGCUGGACAAGCACCAGACACCACCCAUGAUUGGAGAAGAAGCAAUGAUUAAUUAUGAAAAUUUUUUAAAGGUUGGUGAAAAAGCUGGACCAAAGUGCAAGCAAUUUUUCACAGCAAAAGUCUUUGCUAAACUCCUUCAUACAGAUUCUUAUGGAAGAAUUUCUAUCAUGCAGUUCUUUAAUUAUGUCAUGAGAAAAGUUUGGCUUCAUCAAACAAGAAUAGGACUCAGUUUAUAUGAUGUUGCUGGACAAGGGUAUCUUCGGGAAUCUGAUUUAGAAAACUACAUAUUGGAACUUAUCCCUACUUUGCCACAGUUAGAUGGGCUGGAAAAAUCUUUUUACUCCUUUUAUGUUUGCACAGCAGUUCGGAAGUUCUUCUUCUUUUUAGACCCUCUAAGAACAGGGAAGAUAAAAAUUCAAGAUAUUUUAGCAUGCAGCUUCCUAGAUGAUUUAUUGGAGUUAAGGGAUGAGGAACUAUCCAAGGAGAGUCAAGAAACAAAUUGGUUUUCUGCUCCUUCUGCCCUAAGGGUGUAUGGCCAGUAUUUGAACCUUGAUAAGGACCACAAUGGCAUGCUCAGUAAAGAAGAACUCUCCCGCUACGGAACAGCAACCAUGACCAAUGUCUUCUUAGACCGUGUUUUCCAGGAGUGUCUCACUUAUGAUGGAGAAAUGGACUAUAAGACCUACCUGGAUUUUGUUCUUGCAUUAGAAAACCGAAAAGAACCUGCAGCUCUGCAGUAUAUUUUUAAGUUACUUGACAUUGAGAACAAAGGGUAUCUGAAUGUCUUUUCCCUUAAUUAUUUCUUUAGGGCCAUACAAGAACUAAUGAAAAUUCAUGGACAGGAUCCUGUUUCAUUUCAAGACGUCAAGGAUGAAAUCUUUGACAUGGUAAAACCAAAGGAUCCUUUGAAAAUCUCUCUCCAGGAUUUAAUCAACAGUAAUCAAGGAGACACAGUCACCACUAUUCUAAUUGACCUGAAUGGCUUUUGGACUUACGAGAAUAGAGAAGCGCUUGUUGCAAAUGAUAAUGAAAAUUCUACAGACCUUGAUGAUACAUGACCUCUAAAAGACUAGACUGUAUUCAUUAAAGUAAUCUUGAAUGCUGCAUGUAAAUCUUUUGACACAGAAUCCUUAGAAACAGUCUAAAUAAAAUACUUCAUAUGCCUACAGAA